CCCCAAGCUUUUUACAACUUGCUUCGCGUGUAACCGGGACAGUCUCUAACAGGCGGAACCGAGUGUAAGUGUGCAUGUGGAAGCCAAACCGCUUUCAUGCAUCAAAGUGCUGCAUGAGGCAACUUACAGGUUUGGGGACCAUGGCCUUCCUAGGGAUCGCAGUGCGGCGGGUGGUGUUGGCGGCGCGGCCUCCUCUACCUCAUUUAUGCCGGACAAGUGCUCGGUCCUACAGCUCGGAGCCCACCAAGGAAAAGAGUGUUCCCUACGAGAAAACACUCAAACAGGAGGAUGGCGCCUCCUCUGGACCCACUAAACCUUUGCCCAGGUCAGCGGAUGUGGUGGUGAUCGGAGGAGGCAGCCUGGGCUGCCAGACCAUCUACCACCUGGCUAAAAUGGGCAUGACCAACGCUGUCCUGCUGGAGAGAGACAGACUGACCGCUGGCACCACCUGGCACACAGCAGGCCUGCUGUGGCAGCUCCGUCCCAGUGAUGUCGAGGUUGAGCUGCUGGCCCACACCAGGAACGUGAUCAGCAAAGACCUGGAAGAGGAGACUGGUCUCCACACAGGUUGGAUCCAGAAUGGGGGACUCUUCAUUGCCUCCAACAAGCAGAGACUGGACGAGUACAAGCGUCUCAUGUCGCUGGGUAAAGUUUACGGUAUUGAGUCCCAUGUCCUGUCACCUGCGGAGACCAAGGACCUGUAUCCUCUGAUGAACGUUGAUGAUCUGUAUGGAACCCUGUAUGUACCAAAAGAUGGCACCAUGGACCCAGCAGGCACCUGUACCACCCUGUCCAGAGCUGCCUCCGCCAGGGGAGCCAUGGUGAUCGAGAACUGCCCUGUGACUGGAAUUAAAGUGCGGACAGACGACCUCGGGGUGAAGAGGGUGAAGGCAGUGCAGACCCCUCAUGGGACCAUUGAGACCCCUUGUGUGGUGAACUGUGCAGGUGUGUGGGCCACCAAGCUGGGGGAAAUGGCAGGAGUGAGGGUGCCUCUCAUAGCGAUGCAUCAUGCCUACGUAGUGACAGAGAGAAUUGAAGGCAUACAGAACAUGCCGAAUGUUAGGGACCACGAUGCCUCAGUGUACCUGCGCCUCCAAGGUGACGCUCUGUCUGUGGGUGGCUAUGAACACAACCCAAUCUUCUGGGAUGAGGUGUCUGAUAAGUUUGCCUUCAGUUUAUUUGACCUGGACUGGGAUGUAUUCAUGCAACAUAUUGAGGGCGCAAUCAACAGAGUGCCAGAUCUGGAGCAGACUGGCAUCAAGUCCACUGUCUGUGGACCAGAAUCGUUUACGGCAGACCAUAAGCCGCUGAUGGGAGAAGCGCCAGAGGUCAGAGGCUUCUUCCUGGGAUGUGGCUUCAACAGUGCUGGUAUGAUGCUGGGAGGUGGUUGUGGUAGAGAGCUGGCUCACUGGAUUGUACACGGCCGUCCUGAAAAGGAUAUGUAUGGAUACGACAUCAGGCGUUUCCAUAACUCGCUGACAGACAACAAACGCUGGAUCAGAGAGAGGAGCCACGAGUCAUAUGCUAAAAACUACUCUGUGGUGUUCCCCUUUGAUGAGCCGCUGGCCAGCCGUAACAUGAGGAGGGACCCUUUCCAUCAGGUGCUGACGGAGCAGGGCUGUGUGUUCCAGGAGCGACAUGGCUGGGAGAGACCUGGCUGGUUCAACAAAGAGGGGCCUGCUCCUGUAAAAGACUAUGAUUACUAUGGAGCUUAUGACAUUGGGAAGAAUGCGAACUACAAGUACAACGAAUUGCUGGGGAAAGAGUACACCUUUGACUUCCCUCCACAUCAUGAAGUGAUUAAGAGGGAGUGCCUCUCAUGUAGACACGGUGUGGCCGUGUUUGAUAUGUCCUACUUUGGAAAGUUCUAUCUCACUGGACCAGAUGCCAAGAAGGCGGCUGAUUGGCUGUUCACUGCUGAUGUCAACAAAAAGCCAGGCUCCACUGUGUAUACCUGCAUGUUGAAUAAAAGAGGAGGGGCGGAGGCUGACCUGACAGUGAGCAGACUGGAACCUGGUGCAGCCAACCUACCCUUGGCACCGGAAUCUAAUGGUGAUGCAUACUACCUGGCCAUCGGAGGUGGUGUAGCAGAACACAACUGGAACCACAUUAGAACAGUUCUUCAGGACCAAGGUUUCCGCUGCCAGCUGACGGACCACUCUGAGGACAUGGGGAUGAUCAGCAUCCAGGGGCCCAAGAGUCGAGAGGUACUUCAGGAGGUGUUGGACACAGACCUGAGCAACGAAGGUUUCCCCUUCUCUACCCACAAAGUUGUCAACGCAGCAGGACAUCAGGUGCGAGCUAUGCGUCUGUCAUUUGUCGGAGAGCUCGGCUGGGAGCUGCACAUUCCCAAAGACUCGUGCCUUCCAGUCUACCAUGCCGUCAUGGCUGCUGGCGCAAAGCAUGGCAUCAUCAACUCAGGCUACAGGGCCAUCGACUCACUCAGCAUAGAGAAAGGGUACAGACAUUGGCACGCCGACCUUCGCCCAGAUGACACACCCUUGGAGGCAGGACUAGCCUUCACCUGUAAACUGAAGAGUUCGAUGCCGUUCCAGGGUCGCGAUAGGCUGGAGAAACAGAAAGAGGAGGGGCUGAGGAGGCGCAUCGUCUGCUUCACCAUUAAUGAGAAAGUACCGAUGUUCGGUCUGGAGGCCAUUUUCCGUAAUGGAGUUCCUGUUGGUCACCUACGGCGUGCUGACUAUGGCUUCUUUAUCGACAAAACUAUUGGUUACGGAUAUAUCCGCAGCCCUGAUGGAGGAGUGGUGAGUGCCGAUUUCAUAAAGAGCGGCGAGUUUACCCUGGAGAGGAUGGGAGUGACGUACAAGGCCAAGGCCCACCUCAAAUCUCCAUUUGACCCUGAGAAUAAACGAGUCAAGGGCAUCUACGCUUGAGAAGGACCACAGAUGUAAAAACUGAAGCAAACACACACUAGUUGGAGACUGAGGCUGAGAGAGGUGCAACUGAAUUUUUUUUUUUUUUUUUUUUUUACAUGCAGGUGCAUCUGAUUUAAUCUUUAACUCUCUGUCAAUUACUAGGUAUCUCAAAUGUUGAUAAUUUUAUUCAGAUUUUAUCUGUGAUUUGAUAGAUGUGUAGUGGAUGUGAUGGGAAAAUAUGCUCAUUUUAAAAUUUAGCCUUUUAGGGGUGGUGUAAAAUCUGUCAUGAUAAAGACGUGCUGAAUUGAGUCUGUUCUGAAUGUUUCGUAUGCCCACUCUAGAUUUGAGAGUAACAAUGUGUUUUCUUGUGAAUGCUUUCAUGUGAGUAGUAUUACUAUGAAGACAAAUUUAAGACGUAAAUCUGUCAUCUCAAGUCUUAAUGAAGAAUUAGCGGCUAGCAUUGCGCUGAACCUGAUUCAUUAGCAUGAUUAUAGGUGUGAUGGUGAUAUUUUAUAUGAUGCACAGAAAGCCUUUAAAAGCCUUUUUUAGCCUUUUUGCCUUUUGUAACUGAAGCCCUUAUAAUAGGGCUAAAAGUAACAGUUACAGAUCCGUGUGUGUAUGAAUGGAGGCCCAUUUCAGCCGAUGUGAUGGAAAAUAAGAAAAGAGCCUGUAAGUCAUUAUAAUGAAAAAACUUUCUCGAAAUAACGACUUAGUAUCUCAAAAUAAUGAUGUAAUAUAUCCAAAUAAUCAGAAACUUUCUCAGUAUUUUGACUUGGGCCUACCAUCACGAAGUCGUGCGCACUAGCGAGCUUUCUGUCAUUGCUAUCACAAAAGAGGUACGCAGGCAUAUGGUUUUGCAGCACUGAUGUAGAGCAAGCAGCUUGUAGAUAUUGUUGUGCUCUCGACAGCAAGCUAAACUUGGAUGCAGGCUUGACGAAGUCAUCGUAUAUCUACUUGUACAAACUGUAGCAAAAUAAUGUUAUCCUUAACAUUGAUCUGGAUAAUGUGUGUAACAACACAUUUAACAUUAUUUUUGAAUAUUAUUUUAUUUAUUUUAUAAUUUUUGAAAUACUGAGUCAUUUU